CAGCAAAGAUUCUUUUCUGUACACCAACAAACUUUGUCUUAACCUGAAGUAAGUGGCCAAGAUAAUACAUGUAAGGUUAUUUCCCAAUCCAAUUCUUCAAGUUUCUGGAAGAUAAUGUCCACAGUAUAUAAGCUUCCUUACAUUUCGUGUUGGGUACAUUAGCAAGGAACUUCUCUACCGUAUGUGACAAGUCGUCUCUGCAAAGCCCAGUUGGUGAACUGAAAGAUUCCUCGAUCAUUUAUUGAUUAUUGCAGUUCACUCGGUGGCAGAGGUUCGAACCCCAGUCAUCAUGCCAACUAUACCUGACGAAAAGGACAUGAAGGAGCUGAAAAGUUUCGCUGCACCGCCCCAGGCAGUGAAAGAUGUCUUCUCGGGACUUUUUGCACUCCUUGGCUUCAAAAGGGGGGACGCUGAG